AGCCGUGUUGUUGGGAAACGUAGAUCGAGUGAGAAAUAAAGAAUACUUUAUAAUAGUAAGAAACUACCCACUGUUUGUGAAUAAAGACUGUUGGUUGUCAACAAAGGUCUUUGAACUAUACGCAAAAUCUAGUUCCUAUUAGAAAAGAUGUCAGAUAAUAAAUCUGAAAACGAUAUAAAAGAAAAGAUCUUAAAUUUGGCUAAAAAGAAUCCUAAAGGCAUCACUGAUAAAGACAUCACUGUUGCAAUACCAGAACUAAAAGCAUCAGACCUCGUUAUUGUCUUAAACAAACUGUUACAACAAGGUUGCUUUGAUCUAUACAAUCAAGGGGGUUCACUUUCAUACAGAUUGAAAACGCAAGUAAAUAAACAAGCAGUAAAAGGAGCUGACAAUGAAGAAAAAGUAGUUUUUAAUUUAAUUGAAGAAGCAGAUAAUAAAGGUAUAUGGAUUCGGGAUAUAAGGGUACGAUCAAAUUUAGCAAAUACUCAAUUAACAAAAGUGUUGAAGAGUCUUGAAAGCAAGAAAUUAAUAAAAGCUGUCAAAUGUGUAAAUGCAUCUAAAAAGAAAGUUUAUAUGUUAUACAAUUUGGAACCUGACCGAUCAAUAUCUGGUGGAGCAUGGUAUCAAGAUCAAGAUUUUGAAUCUGAAUUUGUAGAUAUUUUGAACCGACAAUGUCAUAGAUUUUUGCAGCAAAGAGCUGAUAAAAUAAAAAAUAAUCCACGUGGGCCUAUAAUUGGGAGAACUCAAUCAUAUGCAACUGCUGCUGAAGUGCAAAAGUAUAUUACAGAUCUAGGAAUAAGUAAUGUGAAGCUGGAAGUUGAAGAUGUAAUCACUAUAUUAAAUACUUUAGUGUAUGAUGGUAAAGCUGAAAGCAGUGUGUAUCCUGAUGGCAGCAAAGUAUAUCGUGCUAUUGAAUCCCUUAUACCUGCACCAGGAAUAGUUCAAGUUCCAUGUGGUAUUUGCCCACUAGUACUUAAGUGUUGUUCCACUGGACUUGUUACGCCACAAAGCUGUACAUAUAUGACUGAAUGGCUAGAAUAACUAAUUUACUCCUAUUAAAUCAUUUUGCA